UGUAUGAAGUGCAAGCGCUGUACUAACGUGAGGGACUGCGCCAUAGUUGUGGGUAUGCCAUGGAAACAGGUAAAUUUUUCCAUAACCUUAUGGAGAGAAAGGACUUUGAGACAUGGCUUGAUAACAUUUCUGUUACAUUUCUUUCUCUGACGGACUUGCAGAAAAAUGAAACUCUGGAUCACCUGAUUAGUCUGAGUGGGGCAGUCCAGCUCAGGCACCUCUCUAAUAACCUGGAGACUCUCCUCAAGCGGGACUUCCUCAAACUCCUGCCCUUGGAGCUCAGUUUUUAUUUGUUAAAAUGGCUCGAUCCUCAGACUUUACUCACAUGCUGCCUCGUCUCUAAACAGUGGAAUAAGGUGAUAAGUGCCUGUACAGAGGUGUGGCAGAUUGCGUGUAAAAAUUUGGGCUGGCAGAUAGAUGAUUCUGUUCAGGACGCUUUGCACUGGAAGAAGGUUUAUUUGAAGGCUAUUUUGAGAAUGAAGCAACUGGAGGACCAUGAAGCCUUUGAAACCUCAUCAUUAAUUGGACACAGUGCCAGAGUGUAUGCACUUUAUUACAAAGAUGGACUUCUAUGUACAGGGUCAGAUGACUUGUCUGCAAAACUGUGGGAUGUGAGCACAGGGCAGUGCGUUUAUGGCAUACAGACUCAUACUUGUGCAGCAGUGAAGUUUGAUGAGCAGAAACUUGUGACAGGCUCCUUUGACAACACUGUGGCCUGCUGGGAAUGGAGUUCCGGAGCCAGGACCCAGCACUUUCGGGGGCACACAGGGGCUGUAUUUAGUGUCGACUACAAUGAUGAACUUGAUAUCUUGGUGAGUGGCUCUGCAGACUUCACUGUGAAAGUAUGGGCUUUAUCUGCUGGGACAUGCCUGAACACACUCACCGGGCACACGGAAUGGGUUACCAAGGUGGUUUUGCAGAAGUGCAAAGUUAAGUCUCUCUUGCAUAGCCCUGGAGACUACAUCCUCUUAAGUGCAGACAAAUAUGAGAUCAAGAUUUGGCCAAUUGGGAGAGAAAUCAACUGCAAGUGCUUAAAGACACUGUCUGUCUCUGAGGAUAGAAGUAUCUGCCUGCAGCCAAGACUUCAUUUUGAUGGCAAAUACAUCGUCUGUAGUUCAGCACUGGGCCUCUACCAAUGGGACUUUGCCAGUUAUGAUAUUCUCAGAGUUAUCAAGACUCCCGAGAUAGCAAACUUGGCCUUGCUUGGUUUUGGAGAUGUCUUUGCCCUGCUGUUUGACAACCGCUACCUAUAUAUCAUGGACUUGCGGACAGAGAGCCUGAUUAGCCGCUGGCCCCUGCCAGAGUACAGGAAGUCAAAGAGAGGCUCAAGCUUCCUGGCAGGCGAAGCUUCCUGGCUGAAUGGACUGGAUGGGCACAAUGACACGGGCUUGGUCUUUGCCACCAGCAUGCCUGAUCACAGUAUUCACCUGGUGUUGUGGAAGGAGCACGGCUGAUGCCAUGAGCCACCACCGCUGACUGACUUUGGGUGCCGGGGCUGCAGGGUUUGAGUGCAACCUCUAUGGCAGCCGACUGCAUGAACCAAAGUUCUCACCUAAUGGUAUCAUCACGCAGUGCACAAUCAUUUAUCUAUGUUUGCCAGGGGGCCAGGGCUCUGGGUGGGGAGGGCUCGUUUUAUUGACAUACAUCACAGCAUGCUAAUGGGAUACACCAUUGACUUCAUUUGUAUUUAGUUAUGUUGGUCAGAAUAAGAGUAUGCAUUUUGGGUUCAUCUUUCUUGAAUAUUGGUUUUAAGUAAAGAAAUUUAAAUGGUUCAUUAAUAUGCUAAUUGGUUGCCUAUAAAAACACAUUCAGUCUAUUAUUAAAGCUUUUUACCAUUGCCUUUUUUCUUUUGAAGUUGAAGCAACGGUGCUAUGAUGUUUUACAGCAACUUUCUCACAUGGAGCUUUGCUUUUAUAACAACCAGUGUUAAAAGACCACCAAGUCCUGUGACAUUCAAAACUUUCCACCAAAUACCAGUUCUAAAGAAAAUCUGUCUUCCAGUACAAAUCCAGGUCUAUAAAUUGAUUGAUUGUAAUAUAGUCUAAUCUCUGGUUCUUGGCAGAGUCAAGGUUAGCCACAGCUGAGCUGUGAGGGAGUUCUGUCAUUUCUGUUUAUAUCUGGAGCAAGCUGAUUCUCGGUCUCCCAGGUGACUGCACAGAGGUGACAUAGUGGAGUGGAAGAUUGAAGACUGGCUCUCUUAACCUAGGCAUGUCACUCCCCUGGCCCCGUUCUCCCUGUCUGUAUAGCUAGUUGUUAAGCUCAGUGAUUUGUAAGAUUAUUUCUGGUUCUGCAUCUGCUGAAUUGUGCAGAAGUUGACAUUUUUGUUUUGUCUGAUUCCUGAUUCAUUUGUUUCUUUGGGGUUGGAGAUAAUAUAUAAAUGAAAUCACUGAUACAAAGUUGUCAUCUAUAAGGAAAUCAAAUAUAUGAAAAGGAUGGCUGAAAGGAGAAUGUAGAAAAUGCACAUAUUCCACUUAGAAGAUGUAAAUAAUUGGUGGAAGAAAUGCUUAUAGGAGUUGUGGUUCUGUAGAAAGGCAAUGUGCUACAUUAGAAAGGUACCUGGCCCUGGUAUCUUCCCCUUUUGCCUCUAACUUGAUGUGUGGCUUCAAGCAGAUUAACUUUCUGUCCCUGGGCCCUCUUUUUUUUUUAAAUCAGAUUUACAAUGAAGGAAUUGCCCUAGAUUAGGGUUCACAAACUCCCAUGCAGAUAACAUAAAUGAGUGAUGCAUGCUGGGUAGGAUUGUGCUGAACCAUGGAAAGCUUAUUGAAUAGGGCAGUUACUCAGCUCAAGUGUUACGCAUAAAUGAACUCAAUGUUGGCAUGUCUGAUUUUUCAGGAGGAAGUAGAAAUCCAGAAUUUUAUUGGAAAUUCCCUGAUUUUAAAAAAUGUUUCCAACUAAUUUAAGAUAAUUUAAAAUACAGUGUGCUAAACAAAUUGUAUCUGGGCUGUCAGUUGGUGUCCUCCAACUCUCAUUACUGUAAAGUUAAAGAAUACUGUGCUUCAGCAGUGGAAAUGUUUUAUCAUAAUUGUCUGACCACUCAACUGUCCCAUUGUGUUACAGAGGAGUGAGGGGCUCGUGUUUCAUUCACAGACAGGAAAGUAGUUUAGAGACAACACAGGAACUAGCACCUCAGUGAGUGCUUCUGCCUGGGAACAUGAGUUACUCAUUCUUCUUGCUGACUAUAAUAUAAAACAUAUCCAUUUUAGGUGGGGAAAAGGGGUUCCCAGCAGAGCUGAGAAUGAGACAAACUUUAUAGUGGGGCGGGACAGCUCUCCCAGAAUCCGCAUUAGCAAGAGCCUGACUUUGGACCUCUGACUGCUGUGAAGUUUAGAGAAUUGAUGGUCAGUUUCAAGGACAGGUUUAUAUCCAUGUUGACACUAUUAUAUCCACAGUUAAUAUCCAUGUUGACACUGAAGGAAUUAAGUAAAAGAACAAUACUUCAUCCAUCUCAUACUGAGUUCUGUGUGUAAGCUCUGCUUGGUCCUCUAAAGAAAUGGAAUUGCAGCUGGAGUCGGUUUUGCAGGAGCUUCAGGAGACUGGGCAAUGAGGGUAAAUGACUUUUUCCCUCUAAUGCGGCUAAACAGAUUACUGAUUUCAUGACCAUUCCUACUCCCACCUCAUUUUGAGAUAUAUUCAGUAGCUUCAAAGAGCAAGUAAUUCAUAUUAAUAGUCAUUUGUGGGGAAUUUUUUUUGGAAAUGACAAACCUGAAACUUGUACGGUGUGUUCUCCUUCCGAGUUCAGUGUGAAUACCGAAGUUCUCAAGGUGGUGCUUAGUGGGGCCAAUUUUGACAGUAGUCCUUGGGGCAGGGGUUGGAGUCGUCCUCACAGCUGCCUUCAUUGCACCGGGGCAUUUUACUUAAUUGCUUUUUAGAUGCUAGAUUUAGUCAUACUAUUGCCAGCUUUUAUAAAAACAGGAUACUAACGAACUCAUCCUUUAAAAAGAUCGAACAAAGUGGGGAGUCAGUGAAAGAAGUGGCCCAGGGAUAAGAAGCUCUGGUUGCUUAGCUUUCUUUCACUGAGUUAGGGGGCUGCCUUCCACACACGGUGACAUCUGCUUCCUUAGCUUGGAGGCAAGGGAUUGCCUUUGCUGCAUCUUUUGUGAAAUUCUCAUUUUUGAAAAAUUCCAAAGUCAUGAGCAGAUGGACUCCAUCUUUCUUUAUGCACAUUGGAUAUCUUGAGUGACCCCGAGUUUGGUGGAAGAGAAGGGCUUCUCUCAGGUUCAUACAGGCACAUAACAACCCAGGCUCCAGGGUGCAGGGGUCCAGGACAGCUGAGGGAGCAUGAAGUUUGUAGCCAACUUUGUUCCCAUUGCAAAGGAAGCCUGGCCCUAUUAUUUGAAGCCAUCAUUGUUGUCAAAACUGGUUCUAACUUCCUUCAGAGAGGGGGCUCCACUUUGAAGAAGUUCACAGGAAGGUUCAUAUGUUUGGAUAGCUUCUGAGUGGAAGGUGGGGACUGUUGUUCAGUUUUAAGGUUUGCACUUAAUUUUUCAUAGUUUAAAAAUUAUUCUGGCCAUUGAAAACGCUUAGUGUAAAGUGUAAUUGAGUAUUGUGUGAUUAUACUAGUAUUUGCUUUCAGGAGAAUGACCACUGCAUUUAUAAAAUAUCUGUAUUUAUAAAAUAUCGUGGGGAGAAAAGAAAUAUAUUUGGAAACAGUAUUAUUUUAGACAUGAAGAAAUUGUUUCUGUUAGAUUACACAUUUUGCCCAAGCAAAAGAGGCUAAGGAUAGUGGAGUUGGCUUUACUUGCUUUGGCCAAAUCCAGCCAGCUAGCUCCUUGAAGCUGUGAUUGCGUGCCCUGGCUUCUUGGGACCCUCGGGUUGUGUCUUCCCACCGUCACUUCUAGCUUUCUGGGCCUCUUGCAGGCCUAGGUGACUGAAUCACCUUCCUUUCUCUGCAGGGAAAUGUGCAGAAUCAGAUCACUGCUCCAGGAUGCAGCCUGGGGUAGGGCACACUGUCACCCUUGUCUUUAGGGACAUGGAGUUGUCAGGAUAGGGGAGAAGCCCUUUUAGGUCUGUCCUCCUACUCAGCCUUUGUAUCUGGUUAUGCUGGUGGUUGACAGGAUAUUGAAGACAGCCGAGACACUGUUGAGAAUUACUCAGUCCCCAGAUGGAGUGUCUGGUAAAAGGAACAGAAAUGCCCACUAGUGGUCUUUGGCAGGGUCUCUGAUCAGAGGUUCCCUGUGAAUUUUUUCAGAAUCAGUCCUUAUGUGGGUGGGUGACUGAAUAGUCUUGGGCCACUCCCAUCAGUCUAAUCAGGCUGAAUGAUCAUGCUCCUGCAAAAAGGUGUUUUGCUGUCAAGUUGUUUCAGUGUGUUGCCAGACUUCUCUAGAUGGUUUCCUUGCUUAAAAUUAGUGCUACAGGCCUGAUCAGUGUAAACCCACUGAAUUAUUAUAGCUGAAAAGAAUCAGCUACUUCUCUUCAGGAAUGCGCUCAAAUAAAAAUGUGUUUGCAUUUUUAAAAAAUAUAUUUUUAUUGAUUUCAGAGAGGAAGGGAGAGGAAGAGAGAGAGAGGAACAUCAAUGAUGAGAAAGAAUCAUUGAUCAGCUACCUUCUGCACACCCCUACUGGGGAUCAAGCCUGCAACCCCAGGCAUGUGCCCUUGAUCAGAAUAGAACUUGGACCCUUCAGUCUGCAGGCCGAUGCUCUACCUACUGAGCCAAACUGGCUAGGGCUGUGUUUGCAUUUUUAAACCAGGCAAAUUAUUCAGAUGAUACAAACUCAACAGUUUUUUGGAGUCCCUGUACUCACAUUGUGAACAGACAUAUUUCACUAAUUUAGAUGUAGUACUCUCGAUGAGAAGGCUCAGGUUGAAAAAGGCUGGUCUCACCAAUCCAACAUCUAGGCAAUGUGGCCAGUUUCAUCAGCUCAUGUUUCCCUAAUUUGAUGUAUGUUGUGAUCCAGAGGGAAUGAGGGGAAGUUUAUAUUUGAACUGUCUGUGGGGCAGGGGGGAGUAGGAAUUGCUUAAGUAGUAGAGUGAUUGGGGUACAAGGUGUCUCCAUAAGACACGUUAUUUUCAUACAUCAGAGAACUUUCUUUUACCCAUGAGUGAUCGUGCUAACUGUAAGUCAUUUAUAUCUAUACAUUAAAACAGGUUCCUCAAUUAGGCAACAUUUGGUUAGCCACGCUCAAGUUAUUGUUUGUACUUGAAAAUAAUAAAGCUGCAUUUCCUUAAAAAUACA